ACGCCUCCCUCCUGUGACGUGACACGGCCACGUUUCGCCGCGUCCGGGUUCUCAACAAGUUCUGCCCUUUCCCGCAACGUGUGACAGCUGCUUUCUUUUUUUUUUUUUAAACACACACACGGCACCGCGGUCAUGUAUCUUGGAAAAGUUGCCCGGAGUUUGGCGAGACCGGUCGGCGGCGCCCUGCGGCCCUCGGCCCGGGCUCUCAACCGGAGCUACUCCGCUGUCGCGGAAGCCAGAGCGGUGCUGGAGAGCGAGCUGGACGGCAUCCGAUCCGCGGGGACGUGGAAAUCGGAGAGGAUCAUCACGUCGAGGCAGGGACCUCGAAUCAACGUGGACGGCAGCAGCAGCAGCGGCAUAUUGAAUUUCUGCGCCAACAACUACCUCGGACUGUCCAGUCACCCGGAGGUGGUGCAGGCCGGGAUCGAUGCUCUGAAGACGCACGGUGCUGGACUGAGCUCCGUCAGAUUCAUCUGUGGCACACAGGAUCUGCACAAGAAUCUGGAGCAGAAGCUGGCGCAGUUUCACGAGAGGGAGGACUGCAUCCUCUACGCCAGCUGCUUUGAUGCCAACGCUGGACUGUUUGAGGUUCUGUUGGGACCAGAGGACGCAGUGCUGUCUGAUGAGCUAAACCAUGCCUCCAUCAUCGACGGGAUCCGACUGUGUCGAGCAAAGAGGCUGCGCUACAAACACAUGGACCUCGAGAACCUGGAGACCAAGCUCAAAGAGUCUCAGUCCUCUCGCAUGCGCCUGGUCGUGACGGACGGAGUCUUCUCGAUGGACGGAGACGUGGCCCCGUUAUCGCAAAUCUGUGACCUGGCCGAACAGUACGGAGCCAUGGUGUUUGUAGACGAAUGCCACGCCACCGGAUUCCUGGGGCCCCGAGGCAGAGGAACGGACGAGCUCCUGGGCGUGAUGGACAGAGUGGACAUCAUUAACUCCACCCUGGGGAAAGCACUGGGAGGAGCAGCUGGUGGCUACACAGUCGGCCCCAAGCCCCUCAUCGACCUGCUGAGGCAGCGCUCGCGGCCGUACCUGUUCUCCAACUCCCUCCCCCCUCCGGUGGUGGGUUGUGCCACCCGGGCUGUGGAGCUGCUGCUGGCCUCCAAUGAGAUUUCACAGAGCAUGGUGGCCAAAACCAUGAGAUUCAGGAACAAGAUGACGCAGGCUGGCUUCACCAUCUCCGGCUUGGCUCACCCCAUCUGCCCCGUGAUGCUGGGCGACGCCCGGCUGGCCUCCAUGAUGUCCGACGACAUGCUGAAGCUCGGGGUGUACGUGAUCGGAUUCUCCUUCCCCGUCGUACCAAAGGGCAAGGCCAGGAUCCGCGUGCAGAUUUCCGCCGCCCACACGGACGAAGACAUCGACCACUGUGUGGACGCCUUCAUCCAGACGGGCAGGAAGCACGGAGUCGUCUCUUGAGCGCAGGAAGCAGGAGGAACCCCGGCGACGCGCUCGAUCGUGCUGCCGGUUGCUCGCUGGAAGUAUUAGUUACAUUUGUAGGUCAACGGAUGUUAUUGUUGCCUUUGCUGAGCAGAAUAAAGCACUUUUCCUAACGUG